AUGGGAAGGGAGAUAGCUGACAGUAUACUUCUAGUUUCUGAAGUUAUUCACUCCAUGCUUAAAGAGAAGAUCAGAGGAAUGGCAAUUAAGCUUGAUGUGGAAAAAGCUUAUGACCGGGUGGUAUGGCAGUUUCUUCUCUGUGUUCUUGAAAAAUUCAGAUUUCCUCCUCAAUGGAUUGCUUGCAUUAAGUUUUGUAUCUCUUCGGUCAAUUUAUCCCUUUUAGUUAAUGGUAGUGUUUGUGGUUUUUUUCCUGCCACAAAUGGGUUGCGUCAAAGCAACCCCCUUUCCCCUUCAGUUUUCAUCAUAAUGGCAAAAGUUCUGGGGAGAUUAAUUCAGAAAAAACAUUUGCAAGGGGAGUGGAAAGGCAUCCGUAUUCAUGACCAGUUGAAUGUCAUCACACACUCACAAUUUGCAGAUGACACUGUGGUAUUCGGUGAGGCCUCUUUCGCAGAAUCUAAGUGUAUAUUGGAAACUUUGGAUUAG